AUGGGUAAUGAUGGUGGAAGUUUUGCUGAAAGAGCGGAGUUGGUUAAAUUAAAAAAACCAGAAAAAAGAGUAGAGAGUCUUUUAGUUGCAAAAUAAAGAGCCUAAUUUUGUUCCUUGACCAAAGAAAAAUUGAGAAAACCAAUUGCCUGCUGUAGGAUUGGAUAUCUAUACAACUACGAUUCCUUACUUAAGGCCUUCAUGGAAAAGAAAAUUCCUUAAGAGUUUAAGCAUUUACAAAAUCUUAAAAAAAUCAAAAAACUCAAUAUUACUGAAAAUCCAGAUCAAAAUAAUGAGUUUCCUUUCGUUUGUCUAUUUAGUUAAAAAUCAUUAAAUGGAAAAGAAAAGUUCUAAGCAUUGUGGACUUGCGGGUGUGUUUUUUAUAAAAAAUUGAUAAAAGAUCUUAAGAUCAAGGGGUUAAAAUGCCCAAUUUGCACUAAGCCCUACACUGAAAAAGACAUUGUUUAAUUAUGUCCAACUAAUGAAGAAGCAGAGAUCAAAAAGGCAUAGUUGUAUAAAGAAAUUGAAUUGAAAGAGAAAUAAAAGAAAGAUCAAAAAAAAUAGUUGAAAGUCUCAGAUGCAGUAAAUAAUCUAGAAUUAUAAUAAAAAAAAAAAGUAUGCACAGAGGAACAGAAAUUCAAGGGAUAAACUAUGGAGGACAAUAAACUAUAAAAUCACACUUAAGAUCUAAAAAAUAAUGAAAUUUACUAAUCCUUAUUUCAUCAAUAACACAAACUAGAAGAUAAUCUAUUUACAAGAAAUGUGAGAUUCGGGAAUAGGUGAAUUUAUGAUUUAUAAUUUACAAAAUAUAUUUCUUAGUUGUUCAUGUGUUUAAUC